UCAAGUGAAAAUAAUCAGAGACAUAGAAUAUAAUGGACGAAAGUGGAACACUGGAAGACAAGCUUCUUGGGAGAGAGAGUAAAGAUGUUAAUAAGGACUUGAAACUAAGAGUUUGGAAUGAAUCAAAGAAACUCUGGAGGAUUGCAUCUCCUGCUAUAAUCACAAGAAUAACAACUUAUGGAAUACUGGUGGCUACACAAUCAUUUAUGGGACAUAUUGGUGAAACAGAGUUGGCUUCCUAUGCUGUCAUCCAAAUCUUUCUUGUACGAUUUGCAAAUGGAAUAGUGUUUGGAAUGUCAAGUGCUCUAGAAACAUUAUGUGGCCAAGCAUUUGGAGCAAAGCAGUACCACAUGAUGGGCAUCUAUUUACAAAGAUCAUGGAUAGUUGUUCUUUGUAGUUCAGCCAUUUUGCUCCCUGUUUUCAUCUUCACUUCACCACUUUUAAGGCUAAUUGGACAGGAAGAAGAAUUAUCAGAAGUAGCAGGAAAAAUUAGCAUUUGGUUUAUACCUAUUUUGUACUAUUUUGUCUUUUCAAUGACAAUGCAGAAGUUCUUACAAGCUCAACUAAAGAACAUAAUUAUUGGAUGGUUAUCUUCUGCAUCCUUUGUGAUUCACUUGAUCUUAUCUUGGCUUUUUGUCUACAAAUUAAGCUUGGGGAUACCUGGUGCCAUGGGUGCAAUGAUCAUCUCCACAUGGACAAUGGUCAUUGGGGAAUUCGUGUAUAUCUUUGGAGGUUGGUGCCCUGAAUCAUGGACAGGAUUUUCUAUGAGUGCAUUUACUGACAUUUGGCCUGUUGCCAAGCUCUCUUUAUCCUCUGGUGUGAUGAUUUGCUUAGAGCUAUGGUACAAUGCAGUGCUAGUAUUAUUUGCAGGCUACAUGAAGAAUGCUACCAUUGCCAUAUCUGCCUUUUCUAUCUGCCUCAACAUCAGUACUUGGCAGCUUAUGAUAUGCAUAGGUUUCUUGUCUGCAGCUAGUGUGCGGGUUGCAAAUGAAUUGGGGAGGGGAGAUGCAGAAGCUGCAAAAUUUUCCAUUAUUGUCAACUUAAGUACUACAGUCUCUCUUGGUGUGGUAUUUUCGGUUCUGUUUUUGGUAUUUAAUCAUGUCAUAGCCUAUGCAUUUACAAGCAGCACAGAGGUGGCCAAAGCUGUGUCAAGCCUUGCUAGUUUACUUUCUUUGGCUGCCUUGCUUAAUAGCAUUCAGCCAGUGCUCUCAGGGGUGGCUGUUGGUGCUGGUUAUCAAACUGUGGUAGCAUAUGUCAACCUUGGGUGCUACUAUCUGGCAGGGAUUCCUAUAGGCUUGUUGCUUGGUUAUGUUGCAAAGCUUGAAGCUAUGGGUAUCUGGAUUGGAAUGCUUUGCGGGAUUGCAUUGCAAACACUAGUGCUUCUUUGGAUCACUUGGAGAACUGAUUGGAAUGCUCAGGUGGAAAGGGCAUCACAACGUCUAAACAAAUGGCUUUUAGCACCUUCUGAAGAGAAAACAAGCCAUGCUUCAAGCGACGAUCGCUUGGUGUAAUGGUAAAAAGCUCAGGCUGGCAGCAUGAAGACAAGGUUCAAGACUUUUAUUAUACUGGCAGAGGUUCAAGUUUGAGGGAUGCCAUUUUGGGCAAAAAAUGCAGAAGAUAGGACAUGACCUCUCCCCUUGAGGAAAAAGCAAAAAGGUUCUUUGAUUAUGGUGAACUUUUUUGGUUCAUUUAGCAAAGGUUGUUUGAUUAUAGUGAUGGGAAAUAACAGUGAAGAAAGAAUAUUAUUUGAAAAUUUCUCCUAUAAGAGAUGCAAUUGGGUCCUUGGUUAUCAGUUUAACUUGUGGGCUAAUUUGGGUUAGUCUGGUAAAUAAGUAAAUUCUAAAAAAUAUUUA